UUCGUGCUGGCCAGCCUUGUUGUUGAUUAAACCCGCCGCGGCCGCUCUCUAUUGUGCGCUUCCAACUCUGCUGCUUGAACUCGCUCUGUGCUGCUACUGACCCGUCAAUUGAGCCCUCUGCGUUGCUAUUGUCCCUGCCCAGUCGUCGCAGAACUGCCAGCGGAGUGUCGUGUGUCUUCUCCGGAGCUUGGAAGAUCGCGAUAAUGUCGUCGAAAUUGGACAAUCUGAAGCCGCAGAGGAAGAUUGAGCUCUUCUCGGGGACGUACUUUGGUGCUUGCACGCUGGGAGGUAUCAUUGCUUGCGGACCUACGCACACGGCUGUGACGCCAUUAGAUUUGGUCAAAUGCCGCCGCCAAGUCGAUCCAAACAUCUACAAGUCCAACCUCCAGGCCUGGCGCUCCAUCUAUAAGGCAGAAGGCAUCCGCGGUAUCUUCUUCGGCUGGUCCCCCACCUUCGUUGGUUACUCGUUCCAGGGCGCCGGCAAAUACGGAUUGUACGAGGUUUUCAAGUACAGCUAUGGCGAGAAGUUGGCGCCGGGCUUACCCAAGACCGUGGUGUAUCUUGCUGCCAGCGCUAGUGCCGAGUUCCUCGCGGAUAUCGCCCUGUGUCCCUUGGAGGCAAUCAAGGUGCGCAUGCAGACAACGCUGCCGCCUUUUGCCUCGACUUUGAGGGAAGGUUGGAGCAAGGUGGUCGCUCAGGAGGGCUUUGGAGGUCUCUACAAGGGACUCUUCCCACUCUGGGGCCGACAGAUCCCCUACACCAUGGUCAAAUUCGCGACUUUCGAGAGUGCCGUUGCUCAGAUCUACAAGACGCUCGGGAAGCCCAAGGAGGCCUACAAUACCCUUCAGCAGACUGGUGUUUCGUUCCUAGGUGGUUACAUUGCUGGUAUUGGCUGCGCUGCGAUUUCUCACCCGGCUGACGUAAUGGUGUCAAAACUCAAUAGUGAUCGCAAAGCUGGUGAGGGCGCUGGUCAGGCCAUGGCGAGGAUAUACGGAAACAUUGGCUUCAAGGGUCUCUGGAACGGUCUGCCAGUCAGGAUAGCUAUGAUCGGAACGUUGACUGCAUUCCAAUGGCUCAUCUACGAUUCGUUCAAGGUCUACCUAGGGCUGCCGACCACCGGAGGGCAUUAAAGAUCGACUUGCGUGUUGAGAGCCCAAUGAAAUAGUUGGAUGUUCUAGCUGAGGUAUUUCAAGGGGACGAAGGCGGUCUCCUCACCCGCAAGAACAUACGGAUAGAUGACAGCAACAGGCUUGCGGGACACGACGGUUGGUAUUCAGGGGAGCUGGCUUUGAGUAGAUUUCACGAGUCUUAAUUUUUGCAUGCUUGGCGUGCGGUUCAAGGCGCAGUUCUGGGUAGGUCUCACUUGCGCUAUACUGAAUUCAUCAUCUUCACACAGUACCUAGAAAGAAGUCUGUGCACACUUGCUCGCCGCUGCCUGACGAGCUUCCGUGCCUUAUUAAACAUCUGGACAAGGUGUAAAUGUCUCAAGAAUGC